UCCACAAUUCAAAUAUUCAAAUCUCUCUCUCUCUCCAUUCUCCAAAAUCCAAACACUCGCCUGAGGUUUCUUCAACCACAACGACGAAGAUGAUCGCUACUCUCAAAGCCGAAGAGCAGAGCCAGCUACAGCUCGUCGAACGCGAAGACAUCGACGAUGAAGAGGACCUCUUCGAAGCGAUCGACAAGUUGAUUGCUCAGGGAAUCAAUGCCGGAGAUAUUAAGAAGCUUCAAGACGCUGGGAUCUACACCUGCAAUGGCUUGAUGAUGCAUACAAAGAAGAACUUGACUGGAAUCAAAGGUUUAUCUGAGGCUAAAGUUGAGAAGAUAUGCGAAGCUGCUGAAAAGAUAGUGAAUUAUGGAUAUAUUACUGGGAGUGAUGCUCUGACCAGAAGAAAGUCAGUCAUCCGAAUUACAACUGGAAGCCAAGCCCUGGAUGAACUGUUAGGCGGUGGGAUUGAAACUAUGUCAAUCACGGAAGCCUUUGGGGAAUUUCGGUCUGGAAAAACACAGCUUGCACAUACUCUCUGCGUUUGUACACAGCUUCCCACUAACAUGAAGGGAGGGAAUGGAAAAGUUGCUUACAUUGAUACUGAAGGAACCUUCCGACCCGAUCGAAUUGUGCCCAUAGCUGAAAGAUUUGGUUUGGACCCAGGAGCUGUCCUUGACAAUAUCAUUUAUGCUCGUGCCUAUACAUAUGAGCAUCAGCAUAACCUGCUUCUUGGUCUAGCUGCAAAAAUGUCUGAAGAGCCAUUCAGACUUCUGAUUGUGGAUUCAGUGAUUGCUCUCUUUCGAGUGGACUUCACUGGAAGAGGAGAACUUGCUGACCGCCAGCAAAAACUAGCUCAGAUGCUUUCCCGAUUAACAAAGAUAGCUGAGGAAUUCAAUGUUGCUGUCUACAUGACCAACCAAGUCAUAGCUGACCCCGGUGGCGGAGUGUUCAUAUCGGACCCAAAGAAACCCGCGGGAGGGCACGUCCUUGCCCAUGCAGCAACAAUCAGGCUUAUGUUCAGGAAAGGCAAAGGUGAACAGCGCGUCUGCAAGGUGUAUGAUGCCCCAAACCUGCCUGAGGCUGAAGCAAUAUCCUUCAUACUUACUUUUAGCAUAUGCACGUUUUUCAGAUAACUGCAGGAGGCAUUGCAGAUGCAAAGGACUGAAGUCUGAGGCUUUUCUAUGACACAAG